GUUGCCCUAGCAAAUUCUUUGAGAGAGAAAGAUCAUUGUUUACUUUAAACUGCUAUUAAUUAUUAGCCAAGUGGGUUGGUUUUGUUUCUUUUUCCUGUAAUACUCAUGGUCCUCUUCCAAAAUUAACUUCUUGUUGAAGAUUUUCAAAACAUAUGUGAACCCCAGAAGUUCAAUAAACCCCAUCUCUGUAGAAUUGUACCAUAAAUGAGUAGAACCCUUCCAAGACAGACAACUUUAUUUGUAUAGCUUGAUUCCAAUCUACACCCUCAAAACCACCCCUUAUCUUCUUCUUAAUUCUUAAUUCAUCUCUGUAACUCUUUCUUGUUUAACUCAUCUCCACAUCUAGAUCUGCAGCUAGCUGCACAAACAUAAAGUCAAUGAAUUUUAUGGGAAAGAUCACUGGUGGCACUAGUGGGGAGGAGAAACAAGAAAAUGAACAAGAACAACAACCACCCACAUCAACUCCACUCUUGUUAACUUCUUCUUCUUCUUUUUAUCAUCACCAUCCGCACCACCACCAAGAACCCUUCUUUUCUCCACCGUCCUACACCCACCACCACCACGGUUGGCUCCCAGACGGUGGCGAACCUUCGUCGAAUCAAACCGACGAAGGCGGUUACAAUUUGGUGGAAAGAGAACACAUGUUUGACAAAGUAGUAACUCCAAGUGAUGUCGGUAAGCUAAACCGGCUUGUGAUCCCAAAACAACAUGCUGAAAGGUACUUUCCAUUGGAUUCUUCAACCAACUACAAGGGCCUUUUGCUUAACUUUGAAGACAGGAGUGGAAAGCUAUGGAGAUUUCAAUACUCCUACUGGAACAGUAGUCAAAGCUAUGUUAUGACCAAAGGUUGGAGCCGGUUUGUUAAGGAGAAAAAGCUUGAUGCUGGAGAUAUUGUUUCUUUUCAAAGAGGUGUAGGUGUUACUGCUAAAGAUCGGUUGUUUAUAGAUUGGAGAAGACGUGUAAACCCUUCAACACCAUCACAUAACUUAUCUGCAUCAUCUGAUCUAUCUUUCUUGUUUCAAAAUCCUAACUUUAUCCACCCUUGUAAUCCACUUGUGUUGCAAUCUUUUCCGGCUAGGAGAAACCCUAAUAGUUUUAUGCUUCAUGCUCCAAAUGGAAACCCUAAUUGUACUAGUUCUAGAUCUGGUUACUUUGGACAACAACAACAACAACAACAACAAGGUGGGUUUGGAAUUACACCACAAUUACAACAGUUUGGAUUAGGGUUUGAUCCACAACCACCUGUUGUUGUUCAAGAAUCAACUGAUCAUUCAACUCCACCAGUUCAUGGGAAAGUAUCGGGUAAAAGACGGCUCCGGUUGUUUGGGGUUAACAUGGAUUGCGUGUUCUCGGAAGAUGGAGCAGAUGAAAACGCCACAGUUGACAGUUCGUCCUCGUUUUCUACGAUCCCUUACUUGCAAUUGAAGCCUGAUUAUGGAGGAGAAAGUGAAUUUGAUCAAAGUGCAAUGUUAACAGCUUCUUCUGCUCAUGAUUUCAACAUGAUUGCAAACUCAACAGUUUCUAAUAUGUCUUUGGAUUUGAAGAUGUGACACACUGAAGCUGAAAUGAAAUAUGAAGUCAAAUAAAGAUGAUUAAGCACCCGGAUGUUGAAGCUCAAACCUAUUAUAAUUUGAGGUACUAUAAGUUCCAAGAUUGUAGGUACUUCAUGAUAUUAAUUAUUCUAGUUCAUAUUGUGGACAAUUUUCCAGUGAAAUUCACUUACAGAACUUCUUGCUA